GGAGCCACGUGUACAGGAACUGGAGUCUGACAGCUUGCUCUCUGACUGGAAACGACGCAGCUCUGUUUGAAUAGGAAGCUAACAUUAGCUCCUGCAGCUAGCCAUCUCUGAUUACCAGACUCCGUUUGAACUUCCCACAGUUUCGUCGUCAAGACAGGCAAUCAUGUCUGUCUGGAGAAAACUGUGGCGCAGGAACAGCCUGGCCGUGUCCCUGCUUUGCUACAUCCUGCUCCACAGCAUGGACGUGCACGCACGGCCAGCCAACAUGUCCGCCUCUAAAGAGAAGUCUCCAGCCGCCAAAGACGAGAACGAGAUCCUUCCCCCAGACCACCUGAACGGGGUGAAGAUGGAGAUGGACGGCCACCUAAAUAAAGACUUCCAUCAGGAGGUGUUUUUGGGUAAAGAGAUGGAGGAGUUCGACGAGGACUCGGAGCCCCGAAGGAACAGGAAGAAGCUGAUUGACAUAUUCUCAAAAGUUGAUUUCAACAGGGACAGGAGUGUGAGCGCCAAAGAGAUGCAGCGCUGGAUCAUGGAGAAGACGGAGGAGCACUUUCAGGAGGCCAUGGUGGAGAACAAGAACAGUUUCAGAGCCGUUGACCCAGACAAAGACGGUCAUGUAACGUGGGAUGAAUACAAAGUCAAAUUCCUGGCCAGCAAAGGUUUCAUUGAAAAGGAAAUAGCCGAGAAGAUCAAGAACAAUGAAGAUUUGAAACUGGAUGAGGAAACUCAGGAGGUUUUGGAAAGCUUGAAGGACCGCUGGUUUCAGGCCGACAACCCCCCAGCUGACCAGUUGCUGAACGAGCAGGAGUUCCUCUCUUUCCUUCAUCCCGAGCACAGCCGAGGCAUGCUCAAGUACAUGGUGAAGGAGAUUGUGCGAGACUUGGACCAGGACGGUGAUAAGAAACUGACCCUCUCGGAGUUCAUCUCUCUGCCUGUGGGCACCGUGGAGAACCAGCAGGCUCAGGACAUCGACGACGACUGGGUGAGAGAGAGGAAGAAGGAGUUUGAGGAAGUCAUCGAUGGAGACCGCGAUGGCAUCGUAACCAUGGAGGAACUGGAGGAGUACAUGGACCCGAUGAACGAGCACAACGCUCUGAACGAGGCCAGGCAGAUGAUCGCCGUCGCAGAUGAAAACCAGAAUCAUAGCCUGGAGCUGGACGAGAUUCUCAAGUACAGCGAAUACUUCACGGGAAGCAAGCUGAUGGAUUACGCCAGAAAUGUUCAUGAGGAGUUCUGAAGACAUUCACCGUCCUCAUGCACCCCACACCUGCUUCAGGGACAAGCCUGAGGAGGGAGGGGUGGGGGGAGGGGAAACCUAACGAUGGGAUGAUCUAGUGUGCAAUUGUUUGUUUAAAAGCCUAGCCUCAACGGCCUCUUUCACUGCUGACUAAAAAUGAAUGCAUCCUCCCUUCAGCUCCAGACUGUCUGCCCAAUCAACGUCUGCCUUCUGUGUGCCACUGUUUUGUUUUUCACCUUUUAAAUAUUGAACUUCUCCCGGAGUUUCAGGCUCCACAGCACCUCUAAAUUUGUUUGUAUCGUAUUGUGAAACGUGUGUAUAUUUGGAAAUUUGAACCCUGACUUUCCGUUUCCUGUUGCAGCGGUGAGAGAGACCGCAAAGCUAGGCAAGAAAUGUGCUCUGCAGGAGGAAACGUUUUAGCCGGUGUGUCUAUAUCGUGUAAAUAUUAAUAGUCAUGUACCAAUGCCUCCAUCAGAGAGAAAGAUAAGAGAAUAAAAACGGUGCAGCUGAGAGGAAGAAAACCUGACUCCAAAUUUCCACAUACUCUGGGCGCCGCAAUGUCUGUCAGCGUUGCGCACCAUGCCACUUUUCCUAUCAUAUUUUCCAUCACUUUAUCAACAUUACGCAACGACAGGCACCAAAAGAACUUCAGAAAGACAAAGCAACAUGUUGUUUGCAUGUUAUUUUCAAGUGAUCCCGUAGUUCUCCUGUGAUGUGUGUACAGCUGCUCAUGGCUGCGGGCACGGAGUAUGUGGAAAUUGGGUGUUGCAGAUAAAUCACAUCAUUGUGAACAAAAGCUAAAGGUUAUGGUUUAAUUAACACUUAAUUUCCCCUCAUUUGAAAAGGGGGAUUUUGGUCAUUAGUGGCUAACAACUCCACUAAACUCUAUGAGAGAUUACAUCCGUCCUUCUUCUUCCAACAGGGUUGGAACUUUGUAAAAAAAAAAAAGAAAACUAGAAAUAGCUUUAAAAUAACUGCCUCAAUAACUCAGUUAUCUUACGUAGCACAGACUCAAUCAUAAGUUAUUCUCAGAGGUUUCAAGCUUAACGUGUAGACAACAGAUUAAUAUAUGAUAUAUUGAGAGAUUGAAGGUAAAGCACAGGUGUCACACAUCACUAAAAAAAAAAAAAAACUAACUUUUUAAAACUAGUUUCACAUGUGUGUGUUAGCUCAAAAGAGGCCUGUGGUCGGGGCCUACAUCUGUCUUUGACUUGACUAAGUAAUAUGGAGUCUACUUUUUCUGUCUUCAGGGGCUCCCUAAGUUAAUAUUCCUGAAGUGAACUAAGAAGAAUUUAUUUAUUUAUUUGAUCAAAGUGCUUCGGAUCAGCUGCAUCUUUGAUCAUCACACAGGUCUGUGCUUGUUUCUUUUUUUGCCCAUCCAAACAGAGGCUGAUUUGUCCUCCUCGUCUUGGUUCACAAACGACGGAGCGCUCACUCUUCUUCAUAUUUACCUGUUAAAUCUUUUAAUGGGUUAAAUUUGUACAAAUCCACGUGUACCUUGUUUAAAAAUGCAUGGACCAACAGUGUUUUGUUGAAUCUCUCGAUGACCUGUGCUGUGUGUUUUUUUGGAUCCUGGUGCAGGCGUCUCUGUCCACGGCCCUGUUUGGAUUGUUAAAUGAAGAUUUACGAUGACCGAAUGUGACACAGCUUUAUAUAAAAAAUAUAUUGCAAAUAAACUGGUGGAAAAAAUAAAUAUUUCUUAUAAAUAG